UGAGCUUGCGCCUGCGCAGGAGAAGGCUUCAGGGCGGGGCGCAGGUUUAUAUCCGCGGGUGGUCAGCUGACGCUCGGCAUUGCAGACUGCAGAGGCAAGCGACGCCAUGUACGGCCUCUUCUUCCUGGCCAGCCUUCUGGGCGCGGCCAUUGGCGGCCCUGUCCUAGGCCUGAAAGAAUGCACCCGAGGCUCGGCGGUGUGGUGCCAGAAUGUGAAGACGGCGGCUGACUGUGGGGCCGUGAAGCACUGUCUGCAGACCGUCUGGAGCAAGCCCACAGUGAAAUCCCUUCCCUGUGACAUAUGCAAAGACGUCAUCACCGCAGCUGGCGACAUGCUGAAAGACAAUGCCACUGAGGAAGAGAUCCUCGUAAACCUAGAAAAGACCUGCGACUGGCUCCCCAAGCCGAACUUGUCCGCCUCGUGCAAAGAGAUGAUCGACUCCUAUUUUCCCGUUAUCAUGGACAUGAUUAAAGGAGAGAUGAGCAGUCCAGGGGAGGUGUGCUCUGCUCUCAACCUCUGCAAGUCGCUACAGAAGCACCUGGCAGAACUGAACCACCAGAAGCAGCUUGAGUCCAAUAAGAUCCCGGAGCUGGACAUGACCGAGGUCGUGGCUCCUUUCAUGGCCAACAUCCCCCUUCUCCUCUACCCUCAGGAUGGCCCCCGCAGUAAGCCCCAGCCCAAGGCUGAUGGGGAUGUCUGCCAGGACUGCAUUCAGUUGGUGACUGACAUCCAGAAUGCCAUAAGGACCAACUCCACCUUUAUUGAUGCAUUGGUGGACCACGCCAAGGAGCAGUGUGACCGUCUGGGACCUGGCAUGGCUGACAUGUGCAAGAGCUACAUUACCCAGUACUCUCAAAUUGCUGUCCAAAUGGUGAUGCAUAUGCAGGAUCAGCAACCCAAGGAGAUCUGCGCGCUGAUUGGGUUCUGUGAUGAGGUGAAGGAAAUGCCUAUGCAGACUCUGGUCCCUGCCAGAGCAGCCGCUGAGAACGUCAUCCCUGCCCUGGAGCUGGUGGAGCCCAUUAAGAAAGACAUGGUGCCAGUCGAGGGUAAUGUCUACUGUGAGAUGUGUGAGUACGUGGUGAAGGAGGCAGUCAAGCUGGUGGACUCCAACAAGACUGAGGAAGAGAUACUUAAUACUGUCGAUAAAAUGUGCUCGAAAUUGCCCCAGUCAUUAGCAAAAGAGUGCCAGGAGGUAGUGGACACGUACGGCAGAUCCAUCCUGUCACUCCUGGAGCAGACCACCCCGGAACUGGUGUGCCACCUGCUCCACCUCUGCCCUAGCAAGGGGCUGCCCGCGCUGACUGCACACAUUACUCGGCAGAAGGACGGUGGCUUCUGUGAGGUGUGUAAGAAGCUGGUUGGCUAUUUGGAGCGCAACCUGGAGAAGAAUAGCACCAAGGAGGAGAUUCUGGCUGCUCUUGAGAAAGGCUGCAGCUUCCUGCCCGAUCCUUACCAGCAGCAGUGUGAUGAAUUCGUGGCCCAGUAUGAGCCUGUGCUGAUAGAAAUCCUAGUGGAGGUGAUGGAGCCUUCCUUCGUGUGUGAGAAAAUUGGAGCCUGCCCUGCCGCACGAAAGCCUCUCCUGGGGGCUGAAAAGUGUGUCUGGGGCCCGAGCUACUGGUGCCAGAACACAGAGACAGCAGCCCAGUGCAACGCUGUUGAGCACUGCAAACGCCACGUGUGGAACUAGAGCACUCCAUCUCGCGGAGACCGCAGCGUCUUUCCCUGCCUAUGUGCCCAGGGGCUUGAACACACGGAUCUAUUUGACUUUGUUAUAAAAAAUAGGCGCCCCCCCGCCUCCCCCAUUUCUUUUCCUUAUUGUAGCAUUGCUGCCUGUGUGGGAGGUGCUGCCCCACACUGACGUGGCUGCUUCGUUGUGCCCUUUCUGUCUGCUAGACAUUGACAUACUGUGGACAGGAGGUCGUCUGGUCUGUCCUUGCAUGGAACCUGGAAGGAGAGGAAGGGGCUCUUGAUGCUGGUGUGAGCCAGAGCUGCUCAGCAGGAGGCCAUCCAUCCCUUUGGCUGAGGCCUUGUUCUGAGCCUUGACAGGUGCACAAGCACUGGUGGGCUUGGGUUUCCGAGGCCACCUACCCUAAGAAGGGACCUUCUCCUUUCCUGGCCUGCCAGCUGCUGUACAAAGCAGCGAACAAAGGCAUUUCUUUUUGAAAGAUUAUAGACGCUCAGAGUAAUUCGGCCUUUUCAGUAACGUGACGGCUGUCAUCGCAGAGCCUGUGCCCAGAUCAGCCCCCAUUCAGUGCUCCUGUCUUUUCCUGGUGAUUCUUGUUUGGGGUUCUCGGGUUGGGUGGGAAAGGGAACCAUGCCUGAAUGUGAACUGCUAGCUCUGUGGAGGCCGUGGCUUCUGUGUGAACGGUGGUGACACCCAGCUGCAGAGGCCCGCUUUGUGCCUCUGCACUCCUCGCCACCUCGUGUCUGCUCUUCUUGACUUUUCCUUCCAAAUAAACGUGAAUGGCAUUCUCCUAAGCUCUGGCUUCCUUGAGGGUGAACACCGAGAGGUGUGCUAGGUGUGGGAGUGGGUGCUGUCUGGGGCCAUGGCUGCAGCUGGUCUGACUCCACUUCUGGAUGCCAGGAAAUAGCAAGCAAAGCCAGCAGGAUGUGCAGUGCUAUUAAUAGACAUAAUGAUCUGUGUUUGUUUUGCACUAAAGAUUCUGUGAUUUAACAAUAAAGUUCUGUUAAUCAGA